AACCCCCCCCCCCCCCCUCCUGUUGGGCAGCUUUAAACUUCAAAGAUCCAAACUUUUUUGAAUUUCUCUUUCCCAAUAUCUAAAAUUAAUCAUGAGUCUUUUUGGUCUUGGAAGGAACCAGAGAACAUUCCGGCCCAAAAAAAGUGCACCUUCAGGGAGUAAGGGGGCACAGUUAAGGAAGCAUAUUGAUGCCACGUUAGGUAGUGGAAACUUGAGAGAGGCUGUAAGGCUCCCCCCAGGCGAAGAUAUUAAUGAAUGGCUUGCUGUCAACACUGUUGAUUUCUUCAACCAGGUGAAUCUACUUUAUGGCACCCUGACUGAGUUCUGUACGCCAGAGAACUGCCCUACAAUGACUGCAGGCCCUAAGUAUGAGUACAGAUGGGCUGAUGGUGUACAAAUUAAGAAGCCUAUUGAAGUUUCGGCUCCAAAAUACGUUGAGUAUUUGAUGGACUGGAUUGAAACUCAAUUGGAUGACGAAUCUAUAUUUCCUCAGAGGCUCGGUGCACCAUUUCCAUCUAACUUCAAGGAUGUCGUGAAGACAAUUUUUAAGCGCCUCUUUCGUGUAUAUGCACAUAUCUAUCACUCCCAUUUUCAGAAAAUCGUGAGUCUUAAGGAGGAGGCCCAUUUGAAUACAUGCUUUAAGCAUUUCAUACUCUUCACCCAUGAAUUUGGACUGAUUGACAAGAAGGAGCUGGCUCCACUCCAAGAGAUUAUAGAAUCCAUCAUUGUCCCUUACUAAACAUGAUAUUGUAUUUUGCUGCUAAGUCUGGAACUAAAUAGCCAUAAUAUAAUGAAGUUUGUCGUUAAUCAUCCAAAGUAUAUAGCCUCAGGUGGCCUUUCAAGUGUUUGAUGAUGUAUAACGUGUUGUAUGGUUGUAGCUUUUCUAUAUUGUUUUCAGGGGAAAUCCUCUUGUACAACCAAAUGAAGAGCAAACAAAUAGCAGCUGGACAAAAUUAAAGUACAGUUAUAGACACUAAUGUUUCUUUUUGCUUAACGAUCAUCAGGCUGUAGGUGUUGUUUCAUACUGGAAACAUGUGUUCUCUCUUC